GUAAAGACGUAUUUUAACGUAGAUGAAAACAAACUCCGAUAGUCAAAAAGUAAAAAUGUAAGAUCAAUUUAAAAGCAAAUACCGGAGAGACUUUUCCCCAAGAAAUCUAGCGAUGGCCAUUUUACACAGAUCUCUAUUCACCUGCAUCAGUCUGUUGGCGUUUCUCAUACUCCUAGCCCUGAAGCUGGACAAGAAAGUCAAAUGGAACUGGUUCCUGGUUUUUAAUCCGAUGUGGCUUUUUGACGGCGUCAUUGUGAUCUACAUAACGUUUAAGAUGAUAGCGCAGUGUAAAAACAGAUACAACCAAGGACAAGUUUCCAUGAUGCGGAAAGUGUGUUACAUGUGUUUUGUGUUGUUAAAGAUGGCCUUCCAAGUUCUUCUGUGUAUGAAGCUGCAGUAUUAUGACCAGGAAAUAUCUCUGUAUUUUGUUAUGAUACCAUUCUGGAUGUUGUUUAUAUUCGUCAGUAGUGACGUCUCUCAUGGACUUUGGAGGAUUGCAACCAGAGAUAUCAAUGUUUGUGGGAGGAGAUGAACAGUGGACAGAGAGAAUAACUCUGUAAUUUAUUAUAGU